AGGGCAGUAGAGUCGACACGAGUAAACAAUUCAAAGUUAUCAUCAUCAAAAUAAUUAUAUGAAAAAAUCUCUUCGUAGUGUCGUAUAAAUUAAAGUUUAAUUAUAUAAAUAAUUGUAUUACUUAUCAUAGUAAUUAAUCUACAAAGAAAAAUAUCCUUUAACAAGAUUUAUUUCUUACCUGGCAUAAUGUUAAUCCAUUUGAUUCUUCUCUCUGAAAUAAUUCUUUCAUCCAUGUAUAUAACUGCCUUAGAUACGAAAGAAUUAGUAGUUAUAAUUUUAAGUCAAAAAGAAGGUUAUCAUGCUGCACAUGCUGAUAUUUUACAACGGAGUAUAGAGGAACAAGCAAGCAUUAUGGAAGUAGAAGUACCAAAAAUUGUCUUAACUCAUCAAUUAAAUGUUAAAGGGUCCUGGAUAGUCAUACCAUUAUUUACAUAUUUAUCAGAUAAUUAUUCAAACGCAAAGUGGUAUUUCUUUUGCUUAGAAAAUACAGUCGUAAAAUUGAAUAAAUUGUUAAAUGUAUUUUCUCAAUUUAAUUCUAGUCAGGAAUUAUGGAUUGGUCACGCAUUGUAUGACGUUGAACCUACUAUAAUUCAUCAUUUCGCAGAGCAUAAAAAAAAAUUUAAAUAUCCCCAUAUUGCUACUGGAUUCGCAAUGACAUCGAAACUCUUAAAUAGAAUAGCGGAGGAAAUUUCACUUGAAUUUAAUCUCAGCAAUGAUUUUUCUAUCGAUGCUUCUUACGAAUUAGGAGGUUUUAUUUUAAAAAGCAAAAAGCCUGUAAAAUUAACUCAUGUUCCUCAGCUAUGUGUUGUUUCUACCUCUGAUUGUGCAACUUAUCCUAGAUUCUUUCAUCCAUGUGAUACAACAAUUUCUUUGCAAAAUGCAUAUUUUGCAAUAAAAACUUGUGCCAAGUAUCAUGCAGAAAGAAUCCCGAUUAUCAAAAAGACAUGGGCAAAAUAUGCUUUAAAUAUUGGAUAUUUCAGUGAUCAGGCAGAUAAAAACUUACCUGAGGCAUAUAUUGUGACAAAUACUACUAAAGGACACUGUGCCAAAACUUAUGAUAUUUUAAAAGAAGUCGCUAAUAUAUUGAAAAGUAAAAAUCUUGAUUGGUUGAUUAUAUGCGAUGACGAUACUAUUUUCAGCGUGGCACGAUUAAUGCGUUUAUUAACGUGUUACUAUCCUAAAAAUCAAAUUGCUAUCGGCGAGCGUUAUGGUUAUCGAGUAUGGGAUAGUUCAUUUGGAUAUGAUUAUUUAACUGGUGGUGCCGGUAUUGCUCUAUCUGCACCUCUUGUUUAUCAAAUGAUUGAUUCAGAUGUUUGCAAGUGUCCAUCGUCAAAUACACCAGACGAUAUGUUUCUCUUUGGCAUAUGUCUACGCAGACUGAAUAUAGAACUUACUCAUUCUUCUUUGUUUCACCAGGCUCGUCCUGCAGAUUAUGCUACUGCUUAUCUGGCAUCGCAAGAACCUGUAUCCUUUCAUAAAUUCUGGAUGAUUGAUCCUAUAAAAGUAUAUAAUCAAUGGUUUUCUGAAGCGGAUAGUUCACUUUCUGUACCCAGGAUUCAUACUGAAUUAACGAUUAUUAGAGAUCUACAAAUUGAUCAAUGCAAAAAAAGUGCGCGCAAUUUAAAACCUGUGAUCGAUCGAUUGAUAGAAGAAAUUACGAAUCGUAGUACAUGUACCGUUUUUGUAACGGACCGUACUUAUCAUGGAUUAAUAAAUAACAAUAAGAAAAUUUUCGACAUUUUUAAAUAUAACAUCUUAUUGCACGAUAAUGAAGAAUUUUCUCCAGCAAGACAGCGUAUCCAAAAAAUUCUUGCUCACAGUAAAACAGCUAGAUGCAAUGGAUAUAUUAUACUUGUUGCUAAUGGCUUUUUAGUUUCUGAAUUUUUACAAUACGUAGAAAGAAAAGAAUUAAUCAAUACUCAUGGCUUCUUUUUAUUAUUACAUGAUUAUCGAAUUCUUACGUCUGAUUUGAAUUAUAUUUGGAACAGAAUAAUCAAUGUUGUAUUUGUACGUCGAUAUAAACCGUAUAAGUAUCGUUCAGGUGAUACAUCUGCUCGACCAAUAAUUAAUUUAGAGACUGUAUACUUUCCAAAUCAAAAACAAAAGUUUGUAGUAACAAAGUAUUUAGAUACAUGGUACGAUGGGAAAUUUCGUUAUGGCAAAAAUCACUUUGUACAAAAGAUCUCAGAUCUUAAAGGAAAAACAUUAAGAGUUUCAGUUUUUGAACACAUACCAGGUGUAACAAAAGAAUCACAAAAUUUUUAUAAAGGUGGUCCAAGUUAUAGCGCAAAAGGUUUAGGUGUUGAAUUUGAAGUUUGUAUAAGAAGUGUGUCAACAAUAUUAUGUAUUUUUUAUAUAGAUUUUUUUUUAUAUAUUUUCUUAUCUUUGCAGUUAAUUCGUGUUAUUUCUCAAUUUAUGAACUUUAAGGCACAUUACUAUAUGCCUUACAAUAUAGAGAAUGACCGGUGGGGAGCAUUAGAAAAAAAUGAAACAUAUACUGGUCUUAUAGGAGAAGCAUUAGCAAGGAAAGCUACAUUCUAUAUUGGAGAUCUCUAUUAUACCUCCUAUCUUUUAAAAUUCUUUGAACUAUCUAUCCCUUAUAAUACAGAAUGUCUUACUUUCUUAACACCAGAAUCUUUGACAGAUAAUUCAUGGAAACUUUUAAUUCUUCCUUUCAAGCUCUACACUUGGAUCGCAGUUCUUUUCACUCUUUUAUUAGCAGGAGGAAUUUUCCAUCUUUUUUCAUUAUCUUAUCAGAAACACAUAAUUAUUUACAAGGAUGUUAAACGAAAAUUAAUCAACAUUAAUGAGUCCGACAAAAUAAAAGAAUUAAGAAUUAAACAAGCAAAGAAAGGCUUAUAUUUGUUUACAGAAGCACAGAAUAGUAUGCUAUAUACAUAUAGUAUGCUACUUCUGGUAUCAUUACCUCGUCUGCCAAAUCCUUGGGCUUUAAGAGUACUCAUUGGAUGGUGGUGGAUUUACAGUAUUUUAGUCGUUGUAAUUUAUCGUGCCAGUAUGACAGCCAGCCUUGCUAAUCCUGUGGCUACAAUCACUAUUGAUACGCUGAAUCAAUUAGCUAAAAGUUCUAUUUCUGUUGGUGGAUGGAGCGAAGAAAGUAAAGAAUUUUUCCUACAAUCUUUAGACUCUGAUAGUCAGGAAAUUGGUAAUAAAUUUCAAUUGAUAAAAAAUGAAAAAGAAUCUAUAGAAAAAGUAGCAAAUGGAUCUUUUGGUUACUAUGAAAAUGAAUUUUCCUUGAGGUUCGCUCAUAUUACAAAAUAUGUACUGGAGAAAGAGCAACAAGAAAAUAAUACACAAAAUAACAAAACAUCUGAUGUAAAACAUAAUUUACAUAUUAUGAAAGAUUGUAUUAUAAAUAUGCCAAUUGCUCUUGGAAUGGACAAAAAUUCUCCAUUAAAGCCAUGUGUCGAUUUAUGGAUUAGACGUACGAUAGAAGUUGGACUAGUAAAUAAAUGGUUAAGCGAUGUUAUUUAUCCAUUGCGACUUACUGAAAGACAACAAGAGAAAGUAUCAGAGAAAGCAUUGGUGAAUCUCCACAAGCUUUAUGGUGCUCUUGUCGCUCUUACCAUUGGUUAUUUCUUUAGCUUAAUAGUAUUAUUAUGGGAAAUUUUACAUUGGAAAUAUAUUAUUUUAAAUAAUCCUAAAUAUGAUAAAUAUCAUUUAGAUAAAUUCUAUGCAAAAAUAUGAAUAUAUUUCUGAAAU